GAGUUUGUUUAGAUGCCCCUUAAAUUUCGGCUGUUUGAUCGCGUCCCCAAUAAGUGCAGAGAUGAUUGACGUUCGUAAAUGAGAUGCUCUUAUCCGGAUAAUCAAGGGGUUGUGACAUCCGUUUGUGGAGAGGUACAUUCGCUACUCCUUAACCUUGUCAUAAUACAUUUAUGGCUUUUUAUAGGUGAAACGCUUGCUAGACGAAAACCCAAGAGGUCUUGGCCUGGGCGCGAUGCUGUCUAUGUUUUGGGUCUUUUAACAUCUCAAGCCGGCCUAUCAAGUUCCGGUUUAAGUAUAUGCCAAAGGAGGUACAUUCACUGGAUUAUUCUAUCGCUCCAGUCCUAACUGAAUUUGAACUUGUGGUAUGCACUCGUAGCCAUGUCAGCAUCUCAAAUGAGGGUGAUUCACAAGUCAAAUGCUUGCUAGAGCUAACACAUACCAACCUAGUUAGACUGCACAAAAACGCCUGCUGUUCUCCUAACAAACAUGCAGGCGCAUUAUUCAUGUCUGUUUAGCUGCCUCGAAAUAUAUAACUUUGCCGAGACGCGUAUUUUUGAAAAUGGACAAAAGCAUCGCAGUGUCUUCAGCUGUGGAUAAAUUUAGCACAGAUCCUGUCAUAGUUGAAGUGAAUUAUAAUGGCCUGAGGUGUUUAGUGUUCAAGGAACUCAGUACCCCAAGUUUACUGGAUGCUGCUUAUGAACACAAGCCGGCCGAGAUAAUUAUUGUUUGCGGAGGUCAAAUUACUGAACUUCCACAGGAAAUGAAGCUUAUGAAAAAUGUGCAGCUUCUUUCUAUUACCUCUUCCGCUUUUCAGAAUGCAUCUUUUAUUUGUGAAUUGACCAAUUUAUCCCUUUUGAAUCUUUCGGGGAACAGGUUGUUGUCAAUACCUAAUGAGAUCAGCAACUUGAGGUGCUUAAAAGUGCUGGACUUGUCAACUAAUAAUAUCAGCAUCAUGCCGGAAGGUAUAUUCAAGCUUAAAAUGUUACAGUCACUUGAUAUAUCUGAAAAUGGUAUCUCUGAGUUGCCGGCAUCAAUUAGCAAACUUCGCGGAUUGCAGGUGCUAGCUUGCGCUUCUAACAAGCUACACGUCAUACCUGAAGAAAUAUCUCAUUUAUCCAAUUUACAAAUUUUGAAUUUGAUAAAUAAUAAGCUGUCUUUUCUACCAAUAAGUAUUGGAAAUCUUAAAAGCUUGCUCGUUAUUCAUGUUGAUCACAAUGAACUCGAUCACAUCCCCUCUCAGCUUUUUCAUUGUUCAUCUCUUACGGAGUUGAGUGUUUCAAAUAACUUUAUCUUUGGUUACUUAUCCAGUGAAAUCGGUUCUUUAACCAAUCUUAGGGCACUUAAUCUGUCGUCAAACCAGUUGAAGAAAUUCCCCGCUGAAUUGAGCCAACUCGAAAAAUUGGAAUACCUAAAUUUGAACGGCAACUGUACCAAGACUCUGGAGCUUGAUAUUUCAAGAUUAAAGUUUUUACAGGAAUGUUGUUUAUCUGGACUAGGUCUCUCUGUUUUACCUAUGCACAUCGCGAAAUCCAAAAAUCUGGUGUACCUGAAUUUGAGCAGUAACAAAUUGAAAGAUCUUCCUUUUGAUGCCCCAUGUUUUCUAAAAUUGACAGCUUUGUUUUUGUCAAAAAACUGUCUUUCAUCGUUGCCGUCUUGGUUAUGUUCUCUGAGGAAUUUGGUUGUUUUGGAACUUCAGAACAACAGACUUCAAGGAUUACCCGAGGCAUUUUACCAAUUGACAAGUCUUCGCCAAUUGGACCUUUCUUUUAAUUUAUUCACCUCCAUUCCUAUUUCCAUUUACCAUUCUGACAACAAGCUUUCGUAUUUAUGCCUGGAUGCUAAUCCGCUAGCUUUCUUACCAGAGGAAAUUUCCAACCUUUCUUACCUCACACAUUUCUCCGUAUCAUACUGUGCACAGCUGCAGACGUUUCCAAGUGGAAUCGGCAAGUGCACUAAUCUGCGUAUGGUUCGUGCAUCUCAUUGCUCACUAAUCAGUCUACCAAAAUCCAUGGCUAAUUUAAGUUCCCUCCGGUACCUUGACCUAUCUCACAACCAUUUUGACUGCUUCCCUAUUGUGGUUUGCUUUAUCCCAAGACUGAGAGUGCUCUUGUAUGACCAACAUGAGGGUAAACCUCUGGUACCUGUGGCUGAUCCUUCGGGAUGGUUUGAACGGAGCGCCUUACUUUAUCCUGACGAGACACAAGAAAAGAAAUUGACAGAAACGGAUUCACACCAUACUCAUGGAUUACAAGGGACUAUCAGUCUGGACCAGGCUCUAAACGACGCUCACUUUAACUAUUUGAAACUACCUUUUCUUAUCGGCAAGCUCUCUCAACUCAUCCAUCUCUCUUUACAAGGAAAUGGGCUUUUCGUUCUUCCAGACGUUUUUCACCUAAUGAAUAUUCGUCGUUUGAACCUCAGCCAUAAUCGCAUCUGCUUCCUGCCACCAAGGUUUCAUAAAUCGCAAAAACUCACGCAUCUCUAUUUGAGCAACAACAGAAUUGAACGGCUGGACGAAAACUUUAGAUCGCUGACGUCUUUGCAAGUCCUGACCAUUGCCAACAAUCCCUUAGUAUGCCCGCCUGUAGAUUUAUGCGUGGGAAGGAAGGUUUUCCCCGUUCAUCUUUAUUUGCAGAGACAGAAGCUUUUUGAAACAGCGUUAUUACGUUCUAUGUGCGAGAUUGUGAUCUAUCAGUUGCCGGAGGAAAACACCACGGCGUUUUACAACAAAAUUGGAUUUCCUGAUUCAGCUAUAACCAUGCUAGAACAAGAACUUCCAGGUAGUUACAAUCAUUACAAACGGUUGUCGCUUGCGCUGGGAGCUUGGACUGGAUUGACUUUCGAACUUGAAUCUCCAACCAAAACCCAGACUGUCACUGGAACUUCUGGUGUUCCGACCGGGACAGAAGUAGUCGAGGCACCGGUGGAUGGCCCUCAAGCGCAGAAAGAAGCACCACUUCAAAAUCCUGUCAUGGAUACGAAGUCCUCUUUCGAGGAUACUGGGGAGCCCAAAGGAAUCAGCCAUCAAGAGUCUAAAUCGGUUUAUUCACUUACAUGGGCAAGCAAUCAAGCAGACCUGUCGGCCCUGUUGCGCACGCGGGUUAUUGGUCCUGAAGCAUGCCCUAAUAGACUCUUGCAAAUCGUCCACUUACUUCGUGUGCGACAGUUGCACGAUGCACUGACUUUAGAGAUGAAAAAGGCGCAACAACCGAAGUUUUGACUGAGAGAAACGGUACCCAUCUUUAUCCCUACAGUUUGCGAUUAUUGAUCAGUGACCAUUCUCCUCAGGUAUCAAUGCAUGCGUCUAUGCCGUUUCGACUUUUGUUCGGGCCUUGUGAACGCUAACCACUACUUUCUCACAUUACCAUUUGCCACCGCUGAGUUUGUUCGCGAUAUAAAGAAGUACUCCGUUUAAAUAAGUUGAUUCAGUACAGUAAACAUUUGCAUUUUGUUAUCAAUCUUCACCUACAGGUGCAUCUCACUGCAUACUAACUAAUUCAGAGAAUAGCUGGUUGAUGUUUCAGUGUUAGUGGUUAUGUUAUUGAGUGAAGCUCAGAGCUAAUAAGACUUUAUGACAUAAAGCCACGCGCACAGUUUACAACUUAGGACUACCGACUUCAUCAUUGCGAGGUUAGUUAACGUCUUUACCGAGUAACAGCAGGAUUUCUCCCAGCCUUGCAUGUCAAAUUAGCCAUUAUACAAACCCGGUACUAGUU